CCGCUUCACCGAAACCACAACCGAAGAUGCGACAACUACUGCCGAUGCGCCAACCAUGAGCGAAGCAACCACACCGGCCUCAGUAGCAGACUCAACCACAUCAACAACAACCACAGCGCAAGCCGACCGCCUCGCCCGCUUCGCCGCCCUCCGCAACAGAAACAAAUCCUCCCGCGACGACAACCGCAAAGCCACUACCCAAGAAGUCUCCCGCGCCUCCCACGACCCGGCCGCUCUGGCAUCCCUGUCCCGCCGCAAAGAGCGCGCAUCCGAAAAACUUCUCCAUGCACAAACGCUAGAAGAUGGAGAUGACUGGGAUCGCAAGCGCGCUUGGGAUUGGACGGCCGAGGAAUCGGCGGCGUGGGAUAAAAAACUGGCCAAAAAGAAGGCGCAUAGGGAUAAUGUGGCCUUUCAAGAUUUCAGCCAGGAUGCGAAUAAGAUAUACAAGAGGCAGGUCAGGGAGAUGGCGCCGGAUACGGCCAAUUAUGAGGCUGAGAAGAUGGCGGCUGUGGAGAGGGCUGCUGCGUCUGGAGGUUUGGAAAUUGUGGAGACGGAGGAUGGGGAGUUGAUUGCUGUGGACAAGGAUGGCAGUUUCUACAGCACGAAGGACAGUACGGAGUUUGUGGGGAACAAACCGUCAAAAGAGAAGAUCGACAAGUUGGUGGGAGAGAUUCAGAAGGCCGAGGAGGUCAGACUCAAGAAGAGGAAGGAGAGGAGUGGGAAGGAGGAGGACGGCGAUGUCACAUACAUCAACGACAAGAACAAACAGUUUAACCAAAAGUUGGCGAGAUUCUACAACAAGUACACCUCGGAGAUCAGAGACAGUUUCGAGAGAGGAACCGCUAUUUGAGAGCAUCAUGGUAUGCUACUUCUUCAGCAUUCUCAUUUCAAUGUUACAAGGAUUGGAGUGUCCAUGCGAGCAGCAUUAUAUUCCACGCGC